AUGGGUGCGACACGCCGGCUCGGCUCUUCUUUCACAAUGAUCACGGCUCUCGUCAUGGCUGCUGCCGCCAUCGCCCCGGUGGCCAGCGCGUUCCGCUUCAACGCUACCUCGCCCAAGCAGUGUGGUGACUGGACGGUCACCUGGGACGGCGGUACUGCUCCGUUCUACCUCGUCAUGGUGCCCACAAUCACAGUCACGGCCGGCCGAAUCAUCAACAUGUCCCUUCCCGCCGACGGCUCCUCUGUGCCGUACUCGCACACGUUCACGCUUCAGCAGCCCGAGGGGCUCGAGUUCAUUGCUACCAUGUACGACGCGGACGGCUUUGGCAGCGGUGGAGCCAGCGAAGUUCUUUCGGUUGGUUCCUCGAGCGACACGAGCUGCCUCAACUCCACCGUCAAUGCCGACUUUUACUUCUCCACCAGCCCGGAAAGCAGCCCAGACUUAUGCGAGGGCAUGACCAUUACCUGGAACAAUGCCGCCGUGGAUCCUGUCAACCUGUACGGUUUGAUCCCUGGCGGCACUGCAUGGGAGGUGCCUAUUUCGGCUUCCCAAAUGUCGUCGAGGAGUGUGGACUGGACGGUCGACGUCGCAGCCGGCACCACAUUCUUGCUGCUCAUGAGCGACGCUGGUACAUACGGCACUGGCGGCAGCAGCUCGCUCAUGACCACAAGCAACAGCUCUAGCGGGAGCAGCAGCUGCAUCAAUUCAUCGUCGCCGUCAACAACACCCGUCGUGCCUUGGACCUACGCGUCCACGGCCACGGCCGUCUCGUCCUUUACGUCGACGCAGUCGACGAGCAAGGGUCAAACAACUGCGAACCCCAGUUCUUCCGCAACAUCCUCUGCCGCGAGUAGCAAGAAGAGCAACACGGCAGCAAUCGUUGGCGCAGCAGUGGGCGUUUCACUCGCUGUGAUCCUCGCAUUGUUGCUGUUCUGCUGUUGCCGUCGCCGCCGCAACAAGGACGUUGAGGGUGCCGCGCCUGGUGCGUGGGCCCCCGUCAAGGAAGAGCGGGAGGGUAGCAACAACGAGCGUGCAAGCGGCGGUGGACCGACUGCACCCACUGCACCGACUGUCAACGAGAGGCAGGGCCUGCUGGAUCGCCUCUUCACCGCAGGUGUGCCUUCGAUUGGUAUUUCGAGCCACUCUCGCACUGGAAGCCGUACCGCAAGUGGCAGUGCUGCAGACACUCUCAACCGUGGCAGUCGCGACUUGUCGGCCGUUGCAGGCAUGCCGUACGGAGCGCCUGCGCCGUCCGUCUUCACCUCGGACUCGCACAGCGAAAUCAUCGAGGUCAGCCCCUACCCGUACACCGAGUACUCGGACCACCCUCCUCCCUUCUCCGCGCACGAGAGGCGGCGCAGCGUGUCGUCGACGGACAAGGCGCCAUUGUCCGACGCGCAGAACAGCAACUCGACCGACAACAGCAACGACACCAACCCCGAGAACCCCUUCCGCGACAGCAGCGACCUCCCGCCUACACUCCCUCCCAUUGGCUCGAGUACACCGUUGUCGCCAGUGCUGGACGACGACGAGACAGACACCGAGGCUGUGCGCCGCAAGGCGGCCCUCGGCGUCGGCGGCGUCACCCGCCCCACGGGUAUGCGUACCUCUGACCUCCUCACGCUCUCCGAAUUCCCGGCCCCGGCCGCGCAGGGCACUACACCCUCGUCGAGCGCGUCCAACGGCGCCGACCCACGAAACAGCGUGCACAGCGCCGAGCACUGGAUGGCGCUCACGAGCGACCCUCCCCCCUCGUACAACCCGUACGACAGGCUGCGCGCAGCCAAUCCCGACGACCACGCCGACGACCGCUCUGACGAGUAG